AUGGUCGAUUCCGAGGCUGCUGAAAGCAUCGGCAAAGAGUACGUUGACCGAGCUUUCGGUGUCAAUGAGGAUUCGGCGUACGUCGAAAUCGGCAAUGUCUGCUCGAAUGAUCAUGGGAUCGGAAUGGGGGAAGAUGAUCCCCUUCUCUUCUUCUUCGAAAAAGGUGAUGGGUUCCCAUCCGAAUCGCCGGAUUUUGGUGUUGCGCUCCUCAGUGAGGCUGAGGACCUGAGGGUGCCGAACGGCACAUACGUAACUCUUGACGGAUCGACGGCUGCAGUCAGCGAUCGGUGUACUGCCGCUGAUCAUGUUGAUCUGCUUAUUGCCUUGGUGCUCGGGACCCGAUUGUGCACUCAGAUGCUGGUCUAG